GGAUUAGUCGAGUGCCUGGUUUGUGGUGCUUGUUUUCUUGUGGUGAACUCCCUUCUGUGCCUUCAGAUCUUACCUGCCCAUAUAGCACAUCUUUCAGUUUUUGAGAUAGCUCAGCACCUGAAGAAUUGAUCCGCGGAGUGACACGGAGUGUGAAGCAGCCGGAAAAGCUUGCUGGUCAAGAUGGUGGUUGAAAACUGAGUGGUGUGAAUAACUGCAUGAAUUAAACUGUUGAAUUUGAAGGAAAAUAAAGGCCUGCUGGGACUUAGGUUUUAGCUAUCAACAAACUAUACGCCACUGAAGAAAGAGGAAAUCCUUUUACAGAAUAGCAUCGGAGCGCGACAUGGAGACGGGAACAGACGACUUCCUACCGCCGCCAGAGUGCCCGGUGUUCGAGCCUACCUGGGCGGAAUUCCGAGACCCGCUUGGCUACAUCGCAAAAAUCAGGCCCAUUGCAGAGAAGUCCGGUAUUUGCAAGAUCCGCCCACCCGCGGACUGGCAGCCUCCCUUUGCAGUAGAAGUUGAAAACUUCAGAUUCACGCCCCGAAUUCAGAGGCUAAAUGAACUAGAGGCUCAGACCAGAGUAAAAUUAAACUAUUUGGACCAGAUUGCAAAAUUCUGGGAAAUCCAAGGUUCUUCAUUAAAAAUUCCCAAUGUAGAACGGAGGAUUUUGGAUCUCUACAGCCUUAGUAAGAUUGUGAUGGAGGAAGGUGGCUAUGAAGCCAUCUGCAAGGACCGUCGUUGGGUCCGAAUUGCCCAGCGCCUCAACUACCCACCAGGCAAAAACAUUGGUUCGCUGCUACGAUCUCACUAUGAGCGCAUCAUUUACCCCUAUGAAAUGUUUCAGUCUGGGGCCAACCUUGUGCAGUGUAACACUCACCCAUUUGACUAUGAAGAAAAAGACAAGGAAUACAAACCUCAUGGCAUUCCCCUAAGACAGUCUGUGCAGCCUUCCAAGUUCAGUAGCUAUAGUCGGCGGGCAAAAAGACUACAGCCUGAUCCAGAACCCACAGAGGAAGAUAUUGAGAAGAAUCCAGAGCUAAAGAAGCUGCAGAUCUAUGGGGCUGGUCCCAAGAUGAUGGGGUUGGGACUCAUGGCCAAAGAUAAAACUUUACGGAAGAAAGAUUUGUUUCUGACUGCCCUAGAUAAAGAAGGGGUCAUAUGCCCCCCAACUGUUUUGAUGAAGGAGGAACCAAGAGAGGAUGGGAAAGUGAUGUCAACAUUGCCCAAAGAGGACUUGAAUCACAGCCUAGAGCCCUGCACCAAGCUGACCAUGCGACUGAGGAGGAGUCACAAUAGUGCCCAGUUUGUUGAGACCUAUGUUUGCCGAAUAUGCUCCCGUGGGGAUGAAGUUGACAAACUUCUUCUUUGUGAUGGCUGUGGUGACAAUUACCACAUCUUCUGCCUAAUGCCACCCCUUCCUGAAAUCCCUAGAGGGGUCUGGAGAUGCCCAAAGUGUAUCAUGGCGGAGUGUAAGAGGCCCCCUGAAGCCUUUGGCUUUGAGCAGGCUACCCAGGAGUACACUUUGCAGAGCUUUGGUGAAAUGGCAGAUUCCUUCAAGGCUGACUACUUCAACAUGCCUGUGCAUAUGGUACCUACAGAACAUGUAGAGAAGGAAUUCUGGAGGCUGGUUAGCAGCAUUGAAGAAGAUGUAACGGUUGAGUAUGGAGCAGACAUUCAUUCCAAAGAAUUUGGCAGUGGUUUCCCUGUCAGCAGUAGCAAAAAGAACCUGUCUCCUGAGGAGGAGGAAUAUGCGACCAGUGGUUGGAAUCUGAAUGUAAUGCCAGUGCUUGAUCAGUCUGUUCUGUGCCACAUCAAUGCAGACAUCUCAGGCAUGAAGGUUCCCUGGCUCUAUGUAGGCAUGGUAUUCUCAGCAUUUUGUUGGCAUAUUGAGGAUCACUGGAGUUACUCUAUUAACUAUCUGCACUGGGGUGAGCCGAAAACCUGGUAUGGGGUACCUUCACUGGCAGCAGAGCAGUUGGAGGAGGUGAUGAAGAGGCUGACACCCGAGCUAUUUGAUAGCCAGCCUGACCUGCUACAUCAGCUUGUCACACUCAUGAAUCCCAACACCCUCAUGUCUCAUGGUAUCCCAGUUGUCCGCACAAACCAGUGUGCAGGAGAAUUUGUCAUCACAUUUCCUCGCGCUUACCACAGUGGCUUUAACCAAGGCUAUAAUUUUGCUGAGGCUGUCAAUUUUUGCACUGCUGACUGGCUACCUACUGGACGCCAGUGCAUUGAACACUACCGCCGGCUCCGGCGCUACUGUGUCUUCUCCCAUGAGGAGCUCAUCUGCAAGAUGGCUGCUUUCCCAGAGAAGUUGGACCUGAAUUUGGCUGUGGCUGUGCACAAGGAGAUGUUCAUUAUGGUGCAGGAGGAGCGACGUUUACGAAAAGCUCUGUUGGAGAAGGGCAUCACGGAGGCUGAACGAGAGGCUUUCGAGCUGCUCCCAGAUGAUGAGCGCCAGUGCAUCAAGUGCAAGACAACAUGCUUCCUAUCAGCCUUGGCCUGCUAUGACUGCCCAGAUGGCCUUGUCUGCCUUUCCCACAUCAAUGACCUCUGCAAAUGCUCUAGUAGGCGGCAGUAUCUGCGGUAUCGGUACACCUUGGAUGAGCUUCCUGCCAUGCUGCAUAAGCUGAAGGUUCGGGCUGAGUCCUUUGACAACUGGGCCAACAAAGUACGAGUAGCUUUGGAAGUGGAGGAUGGCCAGAAGCGCAGCUUUGAAGAGUUAAGGGCACUGGAGUCUGAGGCUCGUGAGAGGAGGUUUCCUAACAAUGAACUACUUCAGCGAUUAAGGAACUGCCUAAAUGAAGCAGAGGCUUGUGUCUCCCAAGUCCUGGGUCUGAUCAGUGGUCAAGAGGCCAGGAUAGAAACUCCACAACUGACCCUGACUGAGCUACGAGUCCUUCUUGAGCAGAUGGGCAGCCUUCCCUGUGCCAUGCAUCAUAUUGGGGAUGUCAAGGAUGUCCUGGAACAAGUGGAGGCCUACCAAAUUGAGGCCCGGGAGGCCCUGACCUUACUGCCCCCCAGUGUAGGGCUAUUGCGGUCCUUGUUGGAGAGGGGGCAGCAGCUGGGUGUACGGGUGCCUGAAGCCCAUCAGCUCCAGCAGCAGGUGGAGCAGGCGCAAUGGCUAGAUGAGGUGAAACAAGCACUGGCCCCUUCAGGCCAAAGAGGCUCUCUGGUCAUCAUGCAAGGGCUCUUGGUUACAGGUGCCAAAGUAGCCUCCAGCCCUUCUGUGGACAAGGCCCGGGCUGAGCUUCAGGAGCUGCUGACCAUUGCAAAGCGCUGGGAAGAAAAGGCUCAUUUCUGCCUGGAGGCCAGACAGAAGCAUCCACCAGCUACAUUGGAAGCCAUAAUCCGAGAGGCAGAAAACAUCCCAGUUCACCUGCCUAACAUCCAGGCACUCAAAGAUGCUCUGGCGAAGGCACAGGCUUGGAUUGCUGAUGUGGAUGAGAUCCAAAACGGUGACCACUAUCCCUGCUUGGAUGACUUGGAGGGCCUGGUGGCUAUAGGCCGUGACCUACCUGUAGGUUUGGAGGAGCUGAGACAGCUAGAGCUUCAGGUACUGACAGCACACUCCUGGAGGGAGAAAGCCUCCAAGACCUUCCUCAAAAAGAAUUCAUGCUACACCCUGCUGGAGGUGCUCUGCCCGUGUGUAAAUGCUGGCUCAGACAGCAGCAAGCGUAGCCGGUGGAUAGGGAAGGAGUUGGGCUUGUACAGAUCUGACACAGAGCUGCUAGGACUGACUGCACAGGACCUCAGAGACCCAGGCUCUCUGAUUGUAGCCUUCAAGGAAGGGGAACAGAAGGAGAAGGAGGGUAUCCUACACCUGCGUCGCACCAACUCUGCCAAGUCCCGUCCACUAGCAUCAUCGACCACUUCUGCAACCUCCAUCUGUGUGUGUGGGCAGGUGCCAGCUGGGGUGGGAACUCUUCAGUGUGACCUGUGUCAGGAUUGGUUCCAUGGGCAAUGUGUGUCAGUACCCCGCCUCCUCAGCUCUUCAAGGCCCAGUCCUACGUCAUCACCACUGCUGGCCUGGUGGGAGUGGGACACCAAAUUCUUAUGUCCACUGUGCAUGCGUUCACGGCGCCCACGUCUGGAGACCAUCCUGGCAUUGCUGGUAGCCUUGCAGAGACUGCCAGUACGGCUGCCUGAGGGUGAGGCCCUGCAGUGUCUCACAGAGAGGGCCAUUGUCUGGCAAGGUCGUGCCAGGCAGGCUCUGGCCUCUGAGGAUGUGACUGCUCUGUUGGGACAGCUGGGUGAACUUCGCCAGCAGCUACAGAGUGAACCCAGGGGCAAGGAGGCAUCUGCCUACCCUUCAGCCCCUGCCUCUCACCUACUCAGAGAAGGCAGUGGCAAGGAUAUGCAUAAGCAGGUCCCAGGGUUGCUGCCAAAUGUGGAUGGUGUGACUAGUCAUGAGAAGGUAGCCCCUCUGCAGAGAUCAGACCUGGAGGUACUGUCCUCACUGUUACCACACUUGACUGGCCCUGUAUUGGAUCUGCCUGAGGCAACCCGGGCCCCCCUCGAGGAGCUCAUGUUGGAGGGGGAUCUGCUCGAGGUGACUCUAGAUGAGAACCAUAGCAUCUGGCAGUUGCUACAGGCUGGACAGCCUCCAGACCUGGAGCGGAUCCAUACACUUAUGGAGCUGGAGAAGCAUGAACAUAAAGGAAAUCGGACUAGAAGCCGGACAUUGGAGAAACGACGGCGACAGCAGCAGCAGCAAACAGAUCUGGAUAGGCAAAGUAAGGAUCUUGUUCAAGAAGAGCUGCAGUCAAAAAAGGCUCGGAGCUCAGGGAUUAAGCUUGAGGAGGGCCAAGAAGAACAGUUUGAGGAAGAAACAGAUAGUGAAAAUAUAUUCCUGACAUCUCCUACAGACCAUAGCCCCAACUUGAAAGGGAACCAAAAUAGCUUGCAACAGAAAGAUUCUGGUCCUACAGCCCCUUUACCUUCUUUAACCCCUUUUCUAUACCAGUCCUACCCUCAGCAGGAAGAGUUGUGACAACAAACAGAAAAAGGCUUUUUUAAUUUGCUGCCUUUUGAACCUUCCUAGUUCCUGGACUUUGUUUCCUAUAUAGAAUUUGUCAAUUCAGAGUUUUGAUAUCUUGUCUUAAAGACAAUGUUUUAUUAAGCUCAGUUCCUAAGGCCCUGUGUGCCCCUUCCCAGAAGUUUCUUGCCUGCAGCAUGACUGGGACUAGAAAAGAGUGCGUGAUUUCCCAACCCAGUUUAAUUCUAGACUUGGGCAAAUAAAAUUUGAGAAAGGCAUAUAUACCUCUUUCUUUUUUUUUUCCUCCAUAUUUUUCUUGUAUUGCUCUUUUUUCUUCUUCUAUUUUUAAAAUACUUUGGUGCUUCAGGGCUUUUUCUGCCUUUAUUCUACCUCCUUUUCUUUUCUCACCUUGUUUCACAUUGUAAGAAAAGACAUUGUAUUGUGUAAUUACUUGUUAGUGUCAAAAAGAAUACAGCAAAAGAAGUAGUUCUUGGUUCAAGCUGUUAUUAUGUAUUUUAAUUUGAUUCCCUUUGUUAAAAAUAAAACAGCAACUGGUAUGUUCUAAA